CGUCCCCCGGGGCGGGCGCGGCCCGGCGCAGCCAAUGGGCGCGCGGUGCGCGCCGCCCGAGCCGGCGGCCAUGGAGCCCCGCGCUCCCUACGACGACUUCCCGGUGGUUUUCCUGCCGCCCUACGAGAGCCCGCCCGCCUGGGUCCCGCCGCACGAGCGGGUGUUUCACCCCGACUACAACAACGAGCUCACGCGGUUCCUGCCCCGCACCAUCGCCCUGCAGAAGCCGCCCGGGGCGCAGUUGGGCUUCAACAUCCGGGGAGGAAAAGCCUCCCAGCUGGGGAUCUUCAUCUCCAAGGUGAUCCCCGACUCAGACGCGCACAGGGCGGGGCUGCAGGAGGGGGACCAGGUGCUGUCGGUGAACGACGUGGAUUUCCAGGACAUCGAGCACAGCAAGGCCGUGGAGAUCCUGAAGACGGCCCGGGAGAUCACGAUGCGCGUGCGCUACUUCCCCUACAAUUACCAGCGGCAGAAGGAACGGACUGUUCACUAACGGGGAGCUCUGCUGGGGCUCCUGCACAAACCUCUCCUGCUUUCCCACCUCCCGAGAUGGCCCAGCCCGCUCAGCUCCCACUGGAGGCACAGCUGUGCCCUGCCUGGAGAGAUGCCCAGAGUCUCACCCAGCUGGAGGCUGGAGGGGAUUGAGCCUGUGCUCCUGAGUGGGGCUGGAACAGCCGCUGGCAGCUGGGGCCUGGAGGGAGCUGCUCCAGCACCAUCCCUGCUCCUCCUUCAGCAGGACUUGAGUGAGUGCUGUGCUGGCUCUGGAUCCCUUGGGCCUGGAAGCUUUGUUGGGAUGGAAAAGUACGAGGGGCUGAGGCUCCUGAGCAAAGCAGGGGCCUUGUCCUCCAAGAAAUCCCCCGUUCCCUUCCCUCAUGCCAUGGAAUUCUUUCCUUCUCCUCUGUGCCACCUCUGCUCUGCUCUGCUGGGUUUGCUGGGGGAUCCAGGAGUAAAACCCACCCAAACUCAGUGCCCAGCUCUGGCUGCACUGGGCUCUUUGUGCCUCUGUGCUGGGAAUGACCCCGAGAUACAGGGCUGGGGUGUUUGGAAACAUUAAUUAUCAAGUACGGAAAUGUUAAUUGUCAGCAAAUGUGGGUGACAAUGCCUGCUGUGAUCACGUUGUAAUGGCUUCAGGACAGCCCUGGCUCUGCCCUUUUCUUCCUUGUGGUGUUUUCCACUUCAUCUAUAAAAACAAUAAAAUGAGUACAGCAACCCAAAUCCAGCUUAUUCCCACCCAGGAA